AUUUCCUGAAUGAAGUUUGAUCAGAUCCAGAUCAGAUGUCUUGAAAACGCCUUUAGAGCUGCGUCCAGAUGUGGAAAAGUUUAGUCAAACUUUUCUCAUAGAAGCAGAGAACAGUGAUGUAUUUUUGUCUUUACUUUGUUCUGGGACUGCUCUCAUCAACAGGUUGUUUCUCUGGGAAUCUUAACCCCCAGAAGGUCGUGACCUUUGCAGGUGAGAAUGCCGUCCUGCCCUGCAGCUUGACGACCUCUGGCAGUGAUGACCUGCCAACAGUGGAGUGGUCCAAGGAAGGCCUGAAGCCGAACGUGGUCUUCUUGUACCGCAAUGGCUUUGAGACGUUUGAGAUGAAGAACCUGGACUUUGAGUUCAGGACGAGUCUCUUCAUGAGGGAGGUGAAAGACGGGAACGUCUCUCUGAGGAUCUCCAACGUGAAGCCGUCAGACGCCGGGACCUAUCAGUGUUUGAUCAUCCAAAGGAACGGAAGCAGAGAGGCUACCGGCGUGCAGCUGGUUGUUGCUGCAGUGUCCGAGCCGAGGCUUUCGGUGGAUUCUGAUCAGAACCAGAGAGUGACGGUGGCCUGUGAGGCGACCUGCUGGCUGCCGGCUCCGCUGAUGGAGAUGGUGGAUGAAAAAGGGAGGAACAUCACAUACACUGUGGAGACACGAAGAGCAGAUCCCACUGAAUGUUACACAGUGAGGCAAACGGCCAUCGUGCAAAGUCACACAACCAGGAUUGUCUGCAGAGUCAAACAGCCACAGACCAACCAGAGCAGAACUGCAGAAAUCCUCCUUCCAGCUCAGUGGACGAGGUCCAGGCCCUGCAGUAUAACUGUCUUCUGUGUUCAACUGAUAGCUGCAGUUUGUUUUCUUGGACUUUGUGUCUGUGGCGUCUGGUGGGCAUAUUCUAAAUAUGCUGAGCGGAAGCAGCAAACCCCAGGAAUUUCGUCGGAUCAUGAAUUAACAGGAGUCACCUGCGAAGACGCUUUCCUACUGAACCCACCAAGUGAGACUGAUGAGGUCGACAACACAGCAAACAGGAUCAUUGAGAAUCUGAAAAAAGAGUUGGCUGAUCUCAAGUUACAGAACUGCAAGAAAGAUCAGAUUAUCUGUAAACUGUUGGGGGAAAUCCAAUCCAUGCCUGCUGCUUCCAAAAACAACCAGCCAGGAUUUUCCCCUGAGUCCUCACUGGAUUACCCACAAUUCCCCAGGUCUUCAGACCACAACUCAGAGAAAAGGGAGUUUUUUGUAACAAAACAAAACUCCUCAAAACUUCUAAGCUCCGAAAACCAGAGUGUGAAUCUCGGUCUUGGCCACACGAAACACAAACUUGUCCGUAAUCACAGCUGUCCAGCUGUGUUGAUUUCAGCACCUCUGGUCCAAAAGGAUGAUGAAACCGGGAUGAUGGUUCUGUCCACCGACCCACAUCCGGACGCUCGGUUGCGUCAACGCAAACUCUCUUUAGGGGUUCUUCCAUCUUUUUGUUCCAGAAACAUUUACUUUCCUCUCCCUGGUUUACCAGAGCACUGAAAAACUUUUCAGCAAAUAAAUCAAUUAUUUCUAAUCAAAGUUUAGCUCUAAAAUGUAGGUUUUAUGUUUUACAAGAGGAUCAACUGUGAAUUCAUAAGAAUGACUUUGAUACAAUAAGUAGCAUUUAUAUUUCUGCUAUGUGAUUCUCCAGCCAGAAAAACCUGCUGAGUUUAUAGAAUUAGAGUAAAAUAGAAACAGAAUAGAAUAGAAAUUUCUUCUUCCAGAGAGGAAAUUCUGGUGCAACUGGAAAUUAAAGUUUGUACUCUUGUAAUUCUUUCUUAAUGCAAUUCCGAUUUUUACGUUUUUAACAUUUUCCUCUGCUGCUUUUUCUUCUAAAAAAUAAAGUCAGAGUUGAUCGUAGUGAAGAUGAAACUGAUUUCUCUAAAGUUUGUUUCUGUUGAAAGAUGAAGAUUAGAAACGAACAUUGAUGGUUUCUUAAUUUAAAUAUUCCCUCUUAUGCACAGAGUUGCUUUCUGUCCUGCUGUAAAGACGUUGAAUGUGUGCAAUAGUUUAUCUCCAGAUACAUUACUGUUACAUUGCUGGUUAUAUAAUUUAAUAUUUAAUAUCUAACACUAGUCGGCUGGAUGGAAAUGUGAUAAAUAAUUUUUUUAUCAGGUUUUUAAAAAGUUGUGGAAUGAAUCAACUUUGUUUUUAUUGUAGUUGCAUUCAGUUUCAUGUUUUUGUGCUCCUCCUGUUAGAGUGCACACUUUGAUUUUUAUUUAAUUGUUUGAAUUAAAUGUUGUUCUUUGGCAACAUGUUCAGUUUCUACAGUAUUGAGCUCUGGGAUGGUUUCUGGGUCUUUGUCUUUUCUCCUGUUUCCUACUAUAACUGUGAAUGUUCAUGUAAACUGCUGCACUUAAUAUAUUUAUUUUGUUUUAAGUAGGGAUGUGCAUUAUUUCCUUUUGUAUAUUUUUGUUAAGUUUUAGAAUCAUUUUCAAAAAUGUGUGUUUAUUUAUUCAGAUUAAAAUGUAAAUCUGAAUGACAAAAACUGUUUUAUUGCUGUAAUAAAAGUGAGAG